AUGUUUCUGUUUUUCAGUUACUCUAACUUCUUCUUCCUCUGUAUGGCCCUCUUCCUUUGUCACCCUUGUUUUCCCGCCAGGAUCGUACCAGAAUCCGUAACCGUGAUAACCUCCGAAUCCCAAAAAACACAAAGGCACAACGCCACGUGGCACGAAUUCUCCAAGUUCUUGCAUGCUGAGCGAGGCAGCCACGUCAGCGGCAUGUCGGAACUGAAAAAGUACUUCCACCGCUUCGGUUACCUCUCCCUCCCGGAAACGACGCCGAAUUUCACGGACACCUUUGAUUCCCAGUUCGAGUCCGCCGUCGUCCGUUACCAGAAGCGCCUCGGCCUGCAGGUCACCGGAAAACUCGACACUGAGACAAUAUCCGCCAUCGUGGCGCCGAGGUGCGGCGUCUCCGACGCCGCGACGCAGGGAAUCCACGCCACGCGUCGCUACGCUUACUUCAACGGGAAGCCGCGAUGGACGCGCGGAACUCCGAUGACUCUCACGUACGCGUUCUCGCCGACCAACAUGAUCGACCAGGUGAGCGUGCCGGAAAUCCGAGCUGUGUUCGAGCGCGCGUUUGCGCGGUGGGCGUCGGUGAUUCCGGUGAGUUUCCGGGAGACGCCGGAGUACGAUAGGGCGGACAUCACGAUCGGGUUUUAUCUCGGGGAUCACGGAGACGGAGAACCGUUUGAUGGAGUUUUGGGGGUUUUGGCUCACGCGUUCUCCCCUCAGAACGGGAGAUUCCAUUUGGAUGCGGCGGAAACGUGGUCCGUUGAUUUCAAGAGCGAACAGUCGAGGGUGGCCGUUGAUUUGGAAUCUGUGGCCACGCACGAGAUAGGUCACGUGCUUGGGCUGGGUCACUCAUCGGUGAAAGAAGCCGUCAUGUACCCCAGUCUCAGCCCUAGGAGAAAGAAGGUUGACUUGAAGAUUGAUGACGUGGCAGGAGUCCAAUCUCUUUAUGGCUCUAACCCGAACUUUUCUUUUAGUUCUUUGUUGCAGUCUCAGAAUUCAUUAAACGCUGCCUUUGGGUUGGAAACCGGUUUCUUCAAAAGGACCAUUUCUCUUACCGUGCUCAUAUUAUUUUUAUGUGCUUGA